UCCAAACAGGAGCUUUCUCCACCGGCAGGCACCCCUUUCUCACGCUGGCGACCGCUCCAGAGCUUCGACCUGCCCGCUGGAGCGGCUAGCCAAGGCAGCGAAUGCAUACAAAUACAUAGGCAGGCAGGUAGGAGGCGGCCGUGGUUUGGUAUCUUGCUUCCAAACGCGACCUCAUCACAGCAAGACCCGGAGGAAACAAGGCGAGGGCAGAGCGGCCUGCCAGAAGGCAAAGGGCAGAGGAGGUGCUUGCUCAGGUCUCCAGCUAGAUCCGGCGACGAUGGGUAGGGGCGUUCUGGAGGUGCAUCUCGUCGACGCCAAGGGCCUCUUCGGCAGCGAUUUCCUAGGGAAGAUCGACCCGUAUGUGAUCGCGCAGUACCGGAGCCAGGAGCGAAAGAGCAGCACCUCCCGAGAUGAGGGGAGGAACCCGAGCUGGAACGAGGUGUUCCGGUUCCAGAUCAACUCCUCGGCCGCCAACGGGCAGCACAAGCUCUUCCUCCGGAUCAUGGACCACGACAACUUCUCCAGCGACGACUUCCUCGGCCAAGCAACGAUCAACGUGACCGAUCUGAUCAGCACCGGCAUGGAGAGCGGCGCGUCGCAGCUGAACGCGGCGAAGUACAGCGUUGUGUCGGCUGAUAACUCAUACCACGGCGAGAUCAGAGUAGGCCUCACGUUCACCGCCACCAAGGUUGAAGAAGACGGGGGGCAGGUCGGAGGCUGGACGCACAGCUCUCGCGAGUAGAGCAUGUGUGAUGCCAAGUACUUCGCUCGUAGCAUUAGUGUUGGAUGCUAUGCCCGUGACUCAAUGAUGUGACUCCAAGCCCAUGUACGGGGAAUUUGAGGAUUUGCCCCACCUUUGCUUGCACUUCUAGUAUUUGCCCUUGUUUUCGCUGACAUUGAUCUUUUGCCAUACCAUUGACACAAACUUGAUGAUUUGCCCCUGGCAAGAUGGGCCCACUGUAAAAUGUCCAAACUGCCCCUGCCCUGCUCAGUUCACCCUGACCGAGCACAUAUCUGGGCGGGAAGACUUGAGGCGGAGAUGGAGCUCCCGCCGCCGGUGUUGCUCCGGCGGAGGUCGCCGUGGCUCUGCCCCUGCCGGCCUUGUUGCUCUUCCGGCGCGGAUAAUCUGGUCCUCUCCAAGCACGGCGCUGGAGGCGAGCGCGGAUAAGGCGAUGACGAGGUAGCGCGCGGCCGAGGAUCUCGCCCAUGGACGAACGCCAGAGUUGUGCCUUUGAGCACGUGUCCUUGUAGAGGAGGGAGGAGCGCGUGGGGAGAGGAGAAGCAGCAUCAGCUCUUAGCCUGCACCGUAGCAAAGUGGGGAGCAGCAGCAGUGGCUUGGCACCGAAGCAUGGGAAGAGAAGCAGCAGCAGCACAGCACGGCAACAAGUGGGCUGCGGCACGAACAGACAAGGAAGAAGGGCAUUUGAGUCAUCCAAUUUGUAGUGUAAUGUCAAACCGGGUAGAAAGGGCAAAUCAUCAAAGUUUUAUCAAACUUGUGGCAAAUAAUCAAUUACAAGUAAAAGGAGGGCAAAUCCUAGAAGUGCAAGCAAAGAUGGGGCAAAUCCUCAAAUUGCCCAUGUACGUUGCACCUCUAGUAGCUUUUUAGAAGAUGUACAUGUAGUUAUGUACUAGCAUCCAGAAGUCAGAAGUCAGAAGUCACAACAGGGUAGAGGCGUCAAUUCCGUUAAUUAAUUGUCGAUUUGUGGUUCUUCUUAUAGGGGAAAUUGUGAUCCUGAAUGCGAACAGCAGAAACUUGUCCGCCGUUGAAUGCC